AUGUUGGCCGCUGCUACGUUCGCGUCCGCUGCCGCCGUGCUCAUGGCCGCGUCGAUCCCUGGUGUCGACGCCCACGGGUACAUCUACGUCCCCCAGUCGCAGUUCAAGGGCGGAGAGAACUCGCAAUGGCUCGUGCAGAUCGACCCCGUGUGGAAGAGCGACGACUGGUACGGUAACACCGCCAAGAGCGUCGAGGUGUUCAAGAGCCUCAAGGUAGCCAACAACUUCAAGGACCUCAAGACGAUGCUGGACGACACAUCGCUAUACGGGCCCGACUGCGGCUUCACCGACCCGAACGGUACGCCGCAGCCCAUCCCGACCGACGGCAAGGCCGUCUUCUCUCGCGGCCUCAUCCACACGGGCCCGUGCGAGUUCUGGCUCGACGACAAAAAGGUGCUGUACGCGGACGACUGCUACAGCGAGUACGGCCACUCGAAUGUCAACGUCAAGACCGAGUUCCCCAUCGACUACUCGUCGUGCGAGAACGGCGGCUGCAAGAUGAUGCGCUUCUACUGGCUGGGCUUCCAGGCGCUCGACGACAAGAAGACCGUGUGGCAGACCUACAAGGACUGCAUCCCCCUCCAGUCGUCGGGCUCGUCGAACUCGACGUCGUCCCAGAAGGCGUAG